AUGACACACUUUGUAUCGAUUUUCUGGGACUUGGAUACCUGUCCUUUCGGUGAUAUACAGGCAUUCAAAGAGACCAUUCGGACAGUUCUGGUCACUCCAUACCAAUACAUUGAAAAGCAUUUCAUUUGCUGGUGUGUGAAUCACAUCAUACACAUCGACCAGCACCCAAACCAUACAUUUCCACGAAUAUCCUAUGAGUCGAAACUUGAUUUCUUUCAAUUCCUAAUCAGUUUGGGCUUAAGUGAUGGACAAACAGCUUUUGUUCCUCAACAACUGGUGCCGUGUCUAACAGUCCACAGGACAUUGAGGGACAAACAAGGCAUGACUUAUCUUCUCAUAACAUUUUGUCAUAUUUAUGGACUCAAUUCAAAAGAUUCAGCGCAGACAUCGAGGAAUGUGAGUACCGAUUGUGAGAUGGGAUCAGUAGCGGGUCCCUCACGUGUUAAGACAGAGCCCUUCACAUCCAUCGCAUCUGAGGUUAAAUGUGACAAAAGUAACGAUUCUGAAGACUCGACUGAAUCCGAAGGCACUUCCAUUGCAAAUCAAGUGUUUGGAAACAGUUCUUCAGUCAAACCAUUCAAUCAAAAGAAACCAAAGAAGAAGAAGAAGAAGAAUCGCAAACAAAAUAAAUCUAAAAUCAAACCUACAAAUGUGCGAAACAAUUACCGAUAUAAACCUCUCACUGAAGGAGUUUGUGGUCUCCAAAACAUGGGAAACACAUGUUAUAUGAAUAGUGGGAUUCAAUGUCUGUCUAACAUUGAAUUUGUGGCACCAUUUAUGAAAGACUUUGAGAUUUUCAAUCAUUGUGGCAAUGGUUAUAAUUAUGAAAAGUCAUUGAUUCAGUUGUUCAGUGAAUUGGUUGUCGAGUUAUGGUCAGCAAAAUCAUCGGCUGUCUGGCCGACCAGUUUCCGUAGAAAAGUGUCCCAAACUUUCGACAGAUUCAGUGGUUAUAACCAAAACGAUUGCUCAGAGUUUUUAGUGUCAAUUCUGGAUCAGUUCCACAAAGAAUUGCUUGAAAUGGAUCUCACUUAUAGCGGCAACAGAACCACUGAUGUGAUUGAAUUCAACACUUUUGCUGAAUAUUUGCGUCAAAAUAACACAUUUAUUGCAAUCAAUUUCUAUGGCUUUCAGUCAUUCAAAGUAAGCUGUGAUUGCGGGCAAACAAUUCAUACCAAUUCCCAGUCAUUUCCGAUCAUAAGUUUGCCACAAAUCGACAGAAGAGAUCUCAUUAUACUCGAGGUCUCAUUGAUUAGAAAUGAGAGUCAAAUCAUUAACAAAAUUGAAUUGAGAUUCACAAAGAGUCAGAUUCUUAUCAUUCAAUUGAUAAGAAUAUUGUUACAAACUUUCCAUGAAAUCACUUCAGACUUACUGAAUGACAAUCAUCUCAUUGUCACUAAUGUUGUCGAUCACACCAUACAUUGUGUUUAUGGCAAGAAUGAGAUCCUGAACCUCAACCGAAUAGCAGGUCAUAUUUAUGUCUAUGAGAUCGACCCCUCAUUUCCCAAACAUUACUUCAUUUCACUGUCAGAGAUCGACAGAUUUGGCACACCUUUGCUAUUGAAUGUCUAUGACAGUAGUUAUGCCACUAUUGUCACUGCAUUUGCUGAACAAUUAUCCAAAUGCUUGUUAAAUACUGAUUGUCAGAUGUAUGAGCGGUUGAAACAAACAAAGUUCAGAUACUAUGAUAGGAAGUUUGAUAGCCUUUAUUGGGCGUGUGAUUUGCCAUAUUUUGUGAGCACUUUCAUAGUCUACUCCCGUAUGAGCAAUGGGUUUAGAGAUUAUUAUGAAGAGUAUGAAGAGAUUAAUCUGAGACCUCAUAACUCCAGAGCAUGCGAUGACCGCAUCAUAAAACUCGAUGACUGUCUCAACCAAUACUUGUCAUACGAUAUCUCAGAUGAGAAAUGCUCGGGAUGUCAGACAAGUACCCGGCUAAACACUAAUAUCGGGGGCAAAUUCUCAAACCAAUCAUACGCUGUACAACACGCACCUAAUGUACUGCUAUUGCAAUUGAAGUCAAGUCCCGGCAAACUGUAUAACUGCGAGUUUCCCAUUGAAUUGGAUCUUAAGAAUUAUGUAGUGAAUGGACAGACAUCAGGGAAAGACUAUAUGUAUGACUUGACAGCGGUGUCCAACUAUAGCGGAUCUUCUUAUUGUGGACACUAUACGGCUUGUGCUAAGAAUUAUCGCAACCAAAAGUGGUAUCAUUUCAACGACUCAUACGUCGAUGAGAUAUCGGAUAAAAGACUGCAGUCAUCCGAAGCUUAUGUUUUGGUUUAUGUUAAGCGCAAUGUUAAGUAA